AUUAUAGUUUGCACGUGAUGACCAGUUGCCUAGGCGAUAUUCGGCCCUUGCGAUUGGCAAUCGAGGAGAUCCAAGGAUUUCUAUCGCGGCUUCCCAAAAGAAUCGUGUUUGCGACCAACACCACGCACGUCUGCGAGCUCAGCAAUCUCUUCAACGUACACAUCAUUCUAGGAUACGCUAUACAUAAUCUCCGUUUCUGCUUGUUCCUUCCGACAAUUCAAGAUGGGAGAAUCAAGACAAGAGCUUGUACAAUGGUUGAACCAACUGCUACAGUUGAACAUCACCAAGGUCGAGCAAUGUGGAACUGGUGCCGCCCUCUGCCAAGUCUUUGACAGUAUCUAUCUCGAUGUCCCGAUGUCUCGAGUCAAAUUCAAUGUCAAUACCGAAUACGCAUAUCUGCAGAACUUCAAGAUCCUUCAGAACUGCUUUACACGACAUGGUAUCGACCGACCCGUCAAUGUCGAACAGCUCAUCAAAUGUAAGAUGCAAGACAACCUCGAGUUUCUGCAGUGGUCGAAGCGGUAUUGGGAUCAAUACUUCCCCGGAGGCGACUACGAUGCGGUAGCUCGACGACGAGGAUCCGGCGCACCGCCCCCAGCUACUGCUCCUGCUCCCCGCACAUCUGCUGGUACUGCGAGAAGAGGAACCACACCCACUACAGGCCCUCGAGUUCCAAAGGCUGGUGGAGUUGGAGGUGCUUCGAGUCAGGCCUUGAUACAAGAGAACAAUACCUUGAAGGAGACGGUUACUGGCCUCGAACGUGAGAGAGACUUCUACUUCAGCAAGCUUCGCGACAUCGAAUUACUGGUUCAACAGGCUUGCGAGGAGGAUCCGGAAAUCGAGAAGCAAGAAGAUGGGUUGAUCAAGCAUAUCCAAACAAUCUUGUAUUCAACGGAGGAUGGGUUUGAGAUUCCAGCGGAGGCCGAGGGUGUUGAUGACCAGGAAACCUUUUAGAUACCUCAUGAUUACGACUUGAUGGCAGAUGGGUAAUGCAGAGGCUGCCUGCAAAAUUGAUUGCUUUGGUCUGUUGGAGUUAUACAAGAGCAUACGCCUGGAAUGCAUGAAUUACGGGCUUCGAUGAAUUCUCAUGGCCUAUCCGCUACAUUCGUGGCACAUCUGGAUGAGAUAGAGAAUUCAGAUAUGGACUUCAUGAACAUGAUU